AGGGGUGCUCCUAUGGCGAGCGAUAUCAGGCAGCGUGCAAAUAAAAUCAAGCCAGGGAAUUGAGUGAAAUAUGGAAAUGCGGCGAUGAGAAAGCCAACACAGAAUCAAAUGCCGCAAGCGGCGAGUUUCGAGAGCACACCAAACGGAUUAAGUCCGCCGGACAAUUGUGGCAAAUUAGAUGAGCUGAGAUGAGAUGAGCAGAGUGGUGCAGAGUCUGGCCGAGUGGAUCAGUCACCGAGCAAACGAGAUUCGCACAGCAACGCCGCCAGCAGCAGAAAAAAAGCGAUCGUGAUCUCCGCCAGCAAUAUAUCCCCACUAUCCGGAGAGUCAUGCAGGUCAAGUGCCUGAUCAUCUGCCUCGCUUUGGGGCUGCUCAUGCUGGCCACGCCCAUUUGCGAGGCGCGACGAGGGCGUGGCCGUGGACGGACCAAGUCCAGGGUGCAGAUCGGUCUGCCCAUUACCGGAAAAUAUCGAGAUCCGGAGUCUGAUCAGUACUACAACAAUAAUAAUGGCGCCAAAAUCCUGCAAGCCUCUCACUUUGAUCUUGAGUACGUUUUGGGCCACAAGAUCGCCUUUCUCUGCGUGGCCAAGGGAAAUCCCCGACCCCAUAUCACGUGGUACAAGGACGGGGCGGAGAUCUAUCAGCACCUCUAUAUGCACGUUCACGAGUGGCGAAUUGGCGACGACAAGGUCAAGUCGAAGAUCGAAAUCGAUCCGGCUACCCAAAUGGACGCCGGUCUUUACGAGUGCACUGCGGACAACAUGUACUCCAUCGAUCGGCGCAGUUUCAAGACAGAUUUCUCCAUUGCCUUCGACUGAUCGGAAGAAUCCCUUGUCAUCGUUUUUAUUUCAAAAUUU